AUGGGGCCCUCUCUCUCCUCCCUCACCGGCUCGUCUCUAGACCCCGUAGACUCUGCCUUCUCCCAGGCCGCAGCUUACACCUCUCGCUUCCAGCAGCAGCACCAACAGCAGCAGCAGCAGGCGCCACAUUCGCAGCAGCAGCAGCAGCAGCAGCUGCAGCAGCCGCCGUCGUUGCUGGAUGGAGGGAACACAGCACUGGGAGGCACGGGCGUGGCAGCCGCAACCAGAUCUGUGGAGCGCUACAUGUCGUACCUCUCGGGUCGCUCCUCUAGACGACCCAACCUGGCAGCCAAUCCCAACCCUCUCCUCAUCCCCGCCGCCUCCUCAGGGGCCUUCGCUGGCUCCAAUAUAAGCCCCACGAGUGAGCCCGAGGCCAAUGCGUUCCGCAGGCACCGCAGCCGGCGACGAGCCAUACAGGAGGACCGCAUGGCGCUGGGGGGCAGCAGCAGGAUGCACAUGCUGCACACGCGGUCAGGCGCGCUGCAAGGCACGGCAUCCCCAGGGGAGGGCGGCAGCGGGGGUAGCAUAGUGGGCAUGGGCAUGGGGCACGGGGCGAGCGGGGCCGUGAGUGAGAACGAGGGCGCCAUGAUGAUGCUGGGCGGCGGGGGCGGGGGCAGCGGUGGGCGCAUGGCAGGGUAUGGGCAUGGCGGGGCGUACCGCAUGGCUCGAACUCCUUCCUCCAACUCCAUAGAUGGCGGCAGCAGUCCGGAGCACCCGUUCAUAUCAGCGCGGGCCAAGGCGUCACUGGGCCUCAUGCACCGCAGGGCAGCUGACUCGGCCAUCGCCUUCAGGCGGAGUGGAGCAGGGUCAGAGGAUGCCGAUACCCCCCAAGGCUCCCUCAGCUCCAUCAACUCAGAGGGGCACCUGUCGGAUUCGUUGGAACAACGGACGGCUACUACUGCUGCUGCUGCGGUGGGAGUAGCAGCAGCAGCAGCGGCAGGGGCGGGAGGAGAAGGAGGAGAUGGGGCGGGGCAGGUCGAGAGAAGGGAAGGGGAUGAAGCAGAAGCGGGUGGGCAAACAGGUGGUGAGGCGUUGGAGGGAUUGGGGAGGAGUGCGGUGCUUGAGAGAGUGAGGGAGGUGGGGAGUGGUGCUGUGUCAAAUAGCCUUGAGAGAGUGGUGGAAGAGCUUAGUAUGGAGGGGAGGGAGGAGGAGGGGGAGACGACGCGUGAGGACGUGGGAGCAGGGGCAGGGGCAGGGGCAGGGGCGAGGCAGGGCGAGGGAGGCAGCAGUGCGAGGAGGGGUGUGGAGGAGGGUGGAGCAGAGAGGGGUGAAGGAGAGGGGAGCAUGGGAACAUCAGGAGGGGGGAGAGAGGGUAUACAAGGGAGUGAAGGGCGAGAAAGUGGGGGUGCGGGAGCGAGUGAGGGAGAGAGACGAGGAGGAGGAGGAGGUGGAGGAGAGGGAGGUGGGGAGAGCGAGGCAGAGAGAGGAGGGGAUGCAGGUGACAGCGGGCAUGACAGAGGGACUGACGAGCAUGAGAACAGAGAGGCGCGUGCAGUUCAGAGGGGCGGGAGAGAAAAGGAAGAUGCAGGGGAAGGGGAGAGGGAGAGAGGCGGGGAUGAGGGCAGGGAAGGAGGCACAGGUGGGGGUUCUGAGGGUGCAGGUGGUGGGGAUGAAGGGAAUGAAGGGGGCGUGGCUGGCAGAGGAGCCAGUCAUGUGGGGGGGAUGGGAGCGGGGGCAGUGGUGGGGGGAGCGAGGGCAGGGGCAGGGGGUGGGUGGGUGGGGCCGGGAGCAGCGGCGGGGGUGGUGCAGCAGCUGUCGUUGCUGCCGCAGCAGGAGUGGACCAUUGAGUUCUCGGAGCUCAGGCUGGGGAUUCGCGUUGGCGUUGGGUCGUUUGGGGAGGUAUUCAGAGCGGUGUGGCGCGGCACAGAGGUGGCGGUGAAGAUGCUGUGGGAGCAGGACGCCAAGCCCGAGGACACAGAGGACUUCUACAACGAGAUCGCGCUGCUCAGCCGCCUGCGCCACCCCAAUGUGAUCCUAUUCAUGGGGGCAUGCACGGUGCCCCCGCAUCUGUCCAUGGUGACGGAGUACAUGCACAUGGGGUCGCUCUACCGCAUCAUCCACACACGUGAGCCCGGCCAGGGCGGCGAUUCCCUCAGCUGGAAGCGCCGCUACAAGAUGCUCCGGGAUAUCUGCAGGGGCAUGCUGUGUUUGCAGCGCAUGAGCAUAAUCCACCGCGACCUCAAGUCGGCCAACUGUCUGGUGGACCGGCACUGGUGUGUGAAGGUGUGCGACUUUGGCCUGUCGCGCAUCGCCACCAACGGCCACGUCGUGGGCCGCACCGCUGCCGGCACGCCCGAGUGGAUGGCGCCGGAGCUGCUGCGCAACGAGCGGUGCUCCUUCAAGUGCGACGUGUUCAGUUUGGGAGUGAUCAUGUGGGAGCUUGCUACUCUGCGCCGGCCCUGGGAGGACUGCAACGGGCCGCUGGAGGUGGCAUACGCUGUGGCUCACCACAACUCGCGCCUGCCUGUGCCCAGCACCAGCCUUGGCCGCCUCAUCUCAGAUUGCUGGAAGGAGGAUCCGGACCAAAGGCCCGAUUACGAGGAGAUUCUGGAAAGAUUGCACGAGUGCGAAUACAUGGACUCGUGA